AUGACGGCCGACAGACAGGAGAAAGACGUGACCGCCAUCGUCGAGAAAAGCGAAGAGACCAGCCAUGAAACAGACUCAAUACAGGAAGUGCUGCACGCAGCAGGAGUUGCCCUGGACGCUGACGACCCCGAUGCACCAUGCCUGACCCUUCGAAUGUGGAUAUUGGGAAUCAUUUUCUGUGUGUUUGGAAGCGGUCUCAAUACACUGUAUACUUUGCGGAAGCCCUCGAUCACUCUAUCUCAGUCCGCAAUCCAACUGCUAGCCUAUCCAUUUGGAAAGCUCUGGGAGAAAGUCGUGCCCAACUGGCAUUUCCGGUUGUGGAGAUGGACAAUUCACCUGAACCCGGGACCGUUCAACCAGAAGGAGCAUAUUCUGAUCUAUAUCAUGUCGAACCUCAGUCUCAUGAGUCGCCUCAGUGCAGACGUCUUGACGGAACAACAAGUAUUCUACGGAUACAAUGCGGGAUGGGGCUUUCAGAUACUCAUUUGCCUGGCUACAUUUCUUGUUGGAUUCUCCUUGGCUGGAAUAUUCCGAUCGGUCAUUGUUGAGCCACCGGACAUGGUUUGGCCAGGUAUAUUGGGUGUUACUGCUCUCAACCAAGUGUUGCAUGGCAAAAAGAAAGAGGACAUCACGAGUGGUAUGACGUGGAAGAUAUCGCGAUAUGGCUUCUUCAGUGUGGCAUUUUGCGCGUCCUUUGUCUGGUACUGGUUUCCCGAUUUCAUCUUCACUGCCCUGAGUUACUUCACUUUCCCAUGUUGGAUCAAACCAGAUGAUCGCGUGGUCAACCAAGUCUUCGGGAUGACGAGUGGGAUGGGUUUGUUGCCAUUGACAUUUGAUUGGAGUCAAAUCGCCUAUGUAGGAUCUCCACUGCUGGUGCCAAACUGGGCGAUCAUCAAUGUGGCUGUGUCACUGGUUUUCUGGAUCUGGAUAGUUGCCACUGCGCUAUACUACUCCAACGUCUGGUUCAGUGCUUACCUUCCUUUUCAAAGCUCCUCUGUCUUCGACAACACAGGCAGCGCCUAUAACGUGAGCAAGGUCGUGAACCAAGCAUCUGAUUACCAAGUCGAUGAUGCGGCCUACCAAGCCUAUUCCCCAUUAUAUAUGCCGAUCACAUACGCCUUGAACAUGUUCGGUCUAUCAUUCGCAACGCUCUCUGCACUAUUAGUUUGGAUGUUUUUAGAGAAAGGCGACCUUAUCUGGACCGCGACGAGAAGGCUAUAUGCUGCUAUUGCCAGCCUAUUCGGCUCUCAAACACGACCCUCGCAAAAUACGCCUCAGACCUACCGCGAUGUAUCACCGCUGUGGUAUGUUGCUUCUAGCGCGUUAGCAAUUUUCCUUUCUAUUUUUGCCGUUGAGUACUGGAAAGUACAGCUCCGGUGGUACGGGGUUCUACUAGCUCUUGCGGUUGCGCUAGUCUUCUACGUACCACUCUCCGUGGUGUACGCCACGUCCAACGCGAAGAUCAAUAUAGAUGUUUUCUGUCGGAUAGUUGCCGGUUUUGUAUUUCCAGGAAAGGUACUGGCCAACAUUUGGUUCUUCGAUCUUGGAUACAUUUCUGUCAUCAAAGGUCUUUACUUUGCCCAAGACCUGAAAUUGGGAGUGUACUGCAAUAUCCCUGCCCGCAAAGUCUUCUUGGUGCAGUUAGUCGGCAUGGUCUGGGGCACACUGAGCUAUGUUAGCGUUAUCAACUGGGCCCUCAACCACAUUCCGGGUGUCUGCACCAACUCUGGCACCAAUGGCUUUACCUGUCCAUUUUCUCGCACGCACUUUAAUACGAGCACGAUAUGGGGAGCCAUCGGACCUCAUCGGUUUUUCUCAUCUCCAGCAGGCUACAGUGCCCUUCUUUACUUCUUCAUAUUGGGUGCGGCAUUGCCUAUUCCGGUAUAUCUCCUCCGACGCCGCUAUCCCAAUUCCUUCUGGCGCCACGUCCACAUUCCCUUGUUUUUGGGUGGCUUGAACUACAUACCACCGGCUUCCGGCACGAAUUACGGUAGCUGGGCGAUUGUUGGCUUGAUUUUCGGGUUCUUGAUCAGAAGACGCGCCUGGGCCUGGUGGCAUAAGUAUAAUUUCGUAUUGAGCUCGGCACUCGACUGCUCUGUCUCAAUAGCCGGAGUGGUUAUUUUCUUCGCCAUCUUUUACAGUGGUGCAUCGUCGCACUUUAACUGGUGGGGAACGCAGGUGCAUAAGAACACUUGUGAUGCGAAGGGAUGCCCGUAUUUAUCGCUCGGUAAGGGCGAGAACUUUGGAUAA